AUGGCAACUGCAGCGAACUCUGUACCUCACCCAACUUUGGUUUCGGGCUUGCACAACCGCUGGCAUCCCGACAUCCCUGCUGUUGCUACAGUGAAACCUGGACAGGUGUUCAAUAUCGAAUGUGUCGACUGGACAGGAGCACAGAUCGGCAACAACGACACGAGUGAUGAUAUCAGAGAUAUAGACUUGACCAGUAUUCAUAAUUUGUCGGGCCCAAUCGCCGUGGAGGGUGCCGAGCCUGGAGACUGUCUCGUAGUUGAUAUUCUUGAUGUCAGGCCGUUUGACAAAAUGCCCUGGGGCUACACCGGUAUCUUCGAACUCGAGAAUGGUGGUGGAUUGUUUGGUGAGCCAAAAGACAAUAUAGCUGCAAAGGCUAUCUGGGAUUUCAAAGGCGUGUACGCCACUUCAAGACACAUCCCUGGUGUGCGCUUCGCUGGCGUGUCGCAUCCUGGUUUGAUUGGCACAGCACCUUCCGCUGAGCUGCUUGCAACCUGGAACAAGCGUGAGGGCGCCCUCAUUGAAGCUCACGCCACUGCGGUUCCUCCUGUCGCCUACGGUCCAUUGGUUACAGGUGCAUACGUGGGUCAAGAGCUUCCUGAUGAUGUAAGGGAUAAAAUCUACCGCGAAGGUGCGCGAACGAUUCCAGGAAGAGAGCAUGGCGGCAACUGUGAUAUUAAAAACUUGUCAAGGGGCUCACGUUGCUACUUCCCUGUUUUCGUGAAGGGUGCAAACUUGUCUGUUGGUGACCUCCACUUCUCUCAAGGAGAUCUGUCCUUCUGUGGUGCCAUCGAAAUGGCUGGCAUCAUCACCUUCAGCACUAGCAUCAUCAAGGGUGGUAUUGAGAAGUUUGCUUUGAAACAACCCAUCUUCUUGCCCUCUCCUAUCGAUCCGCUAUACUCUGCAAAAUUGGUCUUCGAGGGAAUCAGUGUAGACUACCACGGUGAUGGUACACAGUACAACAUGGAUGCCACGGUGGCAUACAAGCAAGCUGCUCUGAACGCCAUCGCUUAUCUUAUGAAGAUUGGUUACACCGCUUAUUUUCGUUCAGACCUUUUGUUGUCCGCUGCGCCAGUGGAAAGCCAUGUCGGUGCAGUUGUGGACUCUCCAAAUGCCUGUGUGACUCUUGCUCUUCCCUUGGGGAUAUUUGAACAUGAUAUUUUACCCAAGGAGGAAGGUUUGAAGAAACUAGAUUUCGGUCAAUGUGCUGUGCGCAGCGAUGGCGUGCUGUAA